AUGGCCAGGUCAGACAAGGCCAGCGAGGCCAAGCCUCCUGAGAUGCCCGACCUGUCAUCUUCCGACUCUAUUCUGUCUCCCUCGGGCUCCAGGGUAGACUCGGAUACCAAAGAGAAGCAUGCGACUGUGCAGACGACCAGAACCUUGACCGAUAACACUGCAGCAAUGUCUCCGUCGGCCACGCGAGAUGAGCCAGCCGCCUUUGAAGAGAUCGCAGCAGCAGCGCCGACCGCAGUGGAGUCGCCGCAGCGAGACGAAAUCGAGGAGAUUGUCGAAAAGAUGGGCGACGGGGCCGUGGGCAUCACUCCAGAGAUGCGCGCCAAGGUAGAGGCGUAUUAUGGGCGCAAGGCCGAGGAGGAGAACCUCGCGCCAUCGGCCGACGUCGUGUACAUCCUCGACAAGAUCGCGCUAAUGUCGGAGGAGCAGGCCUUGGAGAUUCUCGUCAGGGCCAUCGACUUUCACAGCAUCGAUCCAAACUUUCCCAGUGCAACCAUGGCAAAGAUCAAGCUGUUGGUCCAGGGGCAAAAGGCUUCGGGGCUUGAUCCGGCAGACUAUGAUUUUGACGUAAAGACUGAGGCGGCUAUAAUUUACCAUCACUCGCCCUACCCCGAGGUCCGCUCCGUGACCAUGCCAGGAGACGACCCAAACACACCCUGCGAAACGCUCAGGGCGUAUCUUCUAGGCCUCAUCUUCACCGCCGGCUGCACAGCCAUCAACACCUUCUUCUCCCCACGUCAGCCCAGCAUCGAGAUCAAAGCCCAGGUGAUGCAGCUCCUGCUCGCGCCCUGUGGGAAGUUUGUGGCAAAGGUCCUGCCGGACCGAGGCUUCACCUUCAAGGGGACCAGGUACACGCUCAACCCAGGGCCCUGGACCUACAAGGAGCAGGUGCUGGCCACCAUCAUGUUCACCAUCGCCAACAACGUCGGCAACGUGUACUACGUCUACCUGGUCCAGCGGAUGCCGCAGUAUCUCGGAAACACGUGGGUCACCUUCUCGUACGAGAUCGUGCUGGCGCUGGCCACGCAGUUCUUCGGCCUGGGCUUCGCGGGGCUCCUCCGCCGCUUCGUCGUGUACCCGGUGACGGCCGUAUUCCCCAAGGUCUUCCCGGCGCUCGCGUUGAACCGGGCGCUGGUCCUGCCCGAGAAGAACAAGGGCGAGGUCGUCAACGGGUGGCGGGCGUCGAGGUACCGCUUCUUCCUGACGGCGUUCGCGCUCAUGUUUUUCUACUUUUGGAUCCCAAACUACCUCUUCAAGGCCGUCAGGUCCUUCAACUGGAUGACUUGGAUCGCGCCCGAGAACUUCACGCUGGGCAUGAUCACGGGCUUCUGGGGAGGCAUGGGCUUCAACCCGCUGCCGACGUUUGACUACAACGUCGCGGGGAGCUCCGUGCUGGUCACGCCCUGGUUCUCCGCCAUACAGCAGUACUCGAUGCGGGUCCUCUCGGGCCUGAUCAUCAUCGGCAUGUAUUGGGGGAACAUGUACUGGUCUGCGUAUAUGCCCAUCAACAGCAACGAGGCCUUUGACAACACCGGCGUCAAGUACAACGUCACAAGAAUACUCAACGACGACCGCACUUCGAUCAAUCUGGACAAGUACCGGGACUGUGGCCCACCUUUCUUCUCGGGCGCCAACGUCUUUGGCCAAGGAGCCUGGUUUGCAUGGUAUCCCAUGACCCUCUUCAGCGUCACCAUACAGUACUGGGACUCGAUCAAAAGAUCCGCCAUCGACAUGUGGAACGGCAUCCGACACGGCAGAUCCAUCUACGAGUCGUACGACGACCCGCACACGCGGCUCAUGAGCGUGUACCCCGAGGUGCCCGACUGGUGGUUCCUCGCAGUGCUCGUGACCUCGCUGGCCCUGGGCAUCACCGCCCUCCAGGUCUGGCCCGUGGCGCUGCCGGUGUGGUCGCUGUUCGCCGUGGUGGGCAUCAGCGCCAUCAUGCUGGUGCCCUCGGUGCUGAUCAUGGCGUCGGCGAACGUGACCAUGGGCUUCAACGUGCUCUUCCAGCUCCUCGGCGGCAUCUGGUUCGUCGGGAACCCCGAGGCUCUCAUCCUGGUGGUGGCCUUUGGGCAGAACUUUGACGCGCAGGCCCACGACUACAUCUCGGACCAGAAGAUGGGCCACUACGCCAAGGUGCCGCCGCGGGCCGUGUUCCGCGCGCAGAUGAUAGCCGUCCUCGUCAACUGCUUCAUCUUCGUCGGCAUGCUGGACUGGAUGGUGCUCAACUACAACGACGGGACCCUGUGCCGCUGGGACAACGCGCAGCACUUUGUCUGCACCAACGCCGUGCUCGUCUACGCGUCGUCCAUCGUCUACGGCGCCUUUGGCGUCCGCAACAUGUUUGAGCUGUACCCCGUCCUCCCCUACUGCUUCCUGAUCGGCGCCGUGGUCGGCAUCGCCUGGGGCGUGGGGAGGCGGUUCGGCGGCCGGCUGCGCUCGUGGCUGCGGUCGCGGUCCUCGGCCGAGCGCCACCGCCGCCUCCUCCACUCGCUCGACAGGUGGGUGUUGGGCCCGGCCUCGCGCCUGUACUGGUUCGACCCGGCCGUGGCCUGGGCCGGCGCGCUCAACUGGACCGGCGGCAACAACCUGUCGUACGCGACCGUCGGCAUCUACCUCAGCUUCUUCUUCAUGUACCACGUCAAGCGCCGCUACGGUCCCUGGUGGGAAAAGUACAACUACCUGCUCGAGGCCGGCUUCGGCGUCGGCAUCGCCGUGAGCGCCACCAUCCAGACCUUUGGGCUCGCCAUGACCAGGACCGAGCUGUCGUGGUGGGGCAACACCGUCACCACGGCCGGCGUCGACUACCGCGCUUACAACCAAAACGCUACCUUGCUGCCGCUGCCCGACGUUGGCUUCUUUGGGCCGACCGCGGACCGGUACCCGAUGAGGUUUUCCUGA